GAGGUGCCCGGCGGUAACCUGGUUGGGCAGAGCUUACCUCCUGCUCAGCCUGGCCUCACCGCUGGGGUCCCCCUCGUCUCGAGCUGCAUUGUGCAGAAAGGAGUCUUUGGUUCCUCAUACUGUACACGGUGCUUCAGUGUCUGUUUUGCCUGAGUACCGUACACGUUCAUUGAUUGUCGGAGUGCGCAUUGACUGUUCAGAUUGUCGGAGUACCGUGCGCUUUCAUUGAGUGUCGAAGGCCUGUGCACAUUCUUUGUGGUAGCCUACGAGUACCGUACACACUCAUUCUUUGCUUGACUCAGAUUCCCGCACGCGUGCUGCAGAGUGUCUUUUGCCUGAGUACCGUACACACUCUUUGGAGGUCGAGUUUGACAUCUGUUCAACACUCUUGUGAGGACAUCUGUUCGACACGACGACAGAUUCUAAGCGUUCGCGUGAGGACAUCAAUUUCUUGGAACAGUGGGGGUUUCCAGAGGAGCUCAAGUAUUCGAACACCGUCACCUUCGCAGCGAUGUCUCAGCAACACCCAGCAGGUGCGCCCUGUUGUAAGAAGGAGGACGAGAAGAUGGAGAAACGACUUGCGUACAUUAAUGAACAUGCAUCGGAGUGGAAUGCGGAGCCUCGGGACUCGAUACCGAUGGAAUUGAUUGGGGACUCCGCCACAGGGGUGAAUUGGAUUAACGGUCUCUGGGCAACAUCCAAUAUUAUCUACAAGCACAUUCUUGGCGACAUUCAAAAUAGGCUGGAGCAUAUCUCUGUGUUGUAUGGUAUGAGGCCUCCGAGUUGGGGCCACAAUAUGUUCAAGUGGAUCUAUCGAGAAGGAAACGAAAGAGCUGACAGGCUGACAUGGUUGGCCAGAACCAAAAAUAGUUACGUUACGUUCCAUACCUCACUUAUUGAACAUGCGAGUAAAACAAAACUAGACGGCCUCCGUGGAUUCUUCGACGGAGGUCGCUCUGUGGAGGGAUGUGCUGCAGGAUGGUGUAUAGAUUUGUGUGUACACGGGACGUGGCAGUUGGUGGCGGAGGAAGCUGUCUCGCUUGAUGCCUCUGCUUCUGUCAUGUUUUGUGAGAUGAUUGCAGCACAACGGCUCUGUAUGGCCGUGGAGCACAUUUUGGGUAGCAUCUUUCAUCCAAGCAGCUGACUCAUUUCAUCUUGCUUGGAGCUCUCCAACACCUUUACAUUUUCACAUGUUGUAUUGCAUCCUUUUCCUUGUUCCUGCAUCCUAUUCCGUUGCCUAUGCCUCAGUGGCUCGGCAGUGUGAUGAUAAGAGUUGCCCUCUCCAGCUACCCUGUGCUCCGUUUGGGAGUCUUAGGGCUCAGCUGUCACAGCUGUCCGCGCCCUGACUCAAACUCAAAAAAACCAGACGGCCUCCGUGGAUUCUUCGACGGAGGUCGCUCUGUGGAGGGAUGUGCUGCAGGAUGGUGUAUAGAUUUGUGUGUACACGGGACGUGGCAGUUGGUGGCGGAGGAAGCUGUCUCGCUUGAUGCCUCUGCUUCUGUCAUGUUUUGUGAGAUGAUUGCAGCACAACGGCUCUGUAUGGCCGUGGAGCACAUUUUGGGUAGCAUCUUUCAUCCAAGCAGCUGACUCAUUUCAUCUUGCUUGGAGCUCUCCAACACCUUUACAUUUUCACAUGUUGUAUUGCAUCCUUUUCCUUGUUCCUGCAUCCUAUUCCGUUGCCUAUGCCUCAGUGGCUCGGCAGUGUGAUGAUAAGAGUUGCCCUC